AUGGUGAAUCCAACAGCCCAUGAAACAGCAGCAGUAGCUACUGGUAGCACCAAGGAUGCAACCAACUCUACCUUGGUUGAUUCCACCUACUCGUACUACCUUUACCUUUCUGACUCACCGGGAAUGAUACUGGUGAAUGCAGUUUUUUAUGGAAAGGGUUACGGAGGAUGGCGAAGAGCUAUACGCAUAGCACUGUCUGCUAAAAAUAAGCUAGGGUUCAUUGAUGGGAGUUUUGCUCAACCAGAGUCCUCUUCUCCUCUUUUUCAACCAUGGAGCCGCUGUAAUGACAUGGUAAUCUCGUGGAUCUUAAACUCUUUGUCAAAAGAUAUCGCAGAGAGUGUGUUGUACUUCAAAAUAGAACAUGAAAUUUGGAACGAGUUAGAAGACAUAUUUGGACAAUCAAACGGUGCUCAACUCUAUCAGCUUCAAAAGGAAUUGAGUGGGCUAGUUCAAGGAAAUUCUGACAUUCCCGGAUACUACACUAAGUUCUUGAUGGGUCUUAACAACACUUAUUCCUCUGUUCGAAGCAAUAUUCUAAUGAUCUCGCCACUUCCUAGCGUUAAUCAGGCUUACUCACUUCUUCUCCAAGAUGGAAAACAACGUGAGAUAUAUGUGAGUAAAUAUCCCAUUGAAUCGACUUUCCUGGCAGCAAAUCAACAAGGAGAAAAUCAGAAAAAUAAUAGGCCAAACAACAAGUUUAAAGGAUAUUCUGAGGAAAAGAAGAACAACAUGUUUUGCAACUACUGCAAGAAACUUGGACACACAAUCGACCAUUGCUACAGGUUAAAAGGAUUCCCUCCUAAUUUCAAGUUCACUAAGCCUAGGAGGUUUCAAGGAGGGUCGUCCAGUAACUAA